AUAAAAACGAAAAUUGCAGAAGCGGGAGGGGAUUAUUUCGGGAUUUUAAGCAGAACGCCAGUGGCCUUCCAAUCGGCCUGGCUAGAGUUCUUUCGAGUGCAGAGGAGAGCAGCAAUUCUGAGAUUUCUUGAUCAUAAAAAUCAACAAUUCAGUUCAGAAAUUCUUCCUCCGGAAAAGUCCCAGUUUGAUUCAAUUAGUGUUCAAACUUCCUUACAUUAUUUCUUGAGUAUUGGCACAAUUGUUUAUUGUUCAUUGUUUAGAUGGUCAAAAUGAACUCUCUGUUUCCUAGAGUUUUAACAAUUUCAUACCCAAGUACGAGUAGCUAAAUUUCUAAGUCCAGGAGAAUGAUGAAGUUGCUAUGAUUUAAUAUAAAUUGUGAUUCUAGUUAAGCCAAUUGAUGAAGUUUUAUCCAUUGUUCUUAUUCUGUUAAGUUUUUAUUUGUAUCCUACUUGCAAAUAGAUGCAUGGGUUACUGAUUAUUGGUUAUGGAAGAAUUUUGGUAGCAGCUAUUGUUAACAAAAUUAAUGAAGAAAUUUGGUGGGCCAUUGUCGAAGAUACUGCGGAAGGAAAUGUGGAAAAGAAGGGAAGAAGUAAUUUGUCAAAAGCAAAUAGUAAAUGGAUCCCACAGCCAUGAUGAUGUCUCACACUUAUUUGCCUAUAUACUUGGUAUAAGUUUGUGUUUGGGCAGAGUUUUAGCAAGCCAGAGUGUGAAUGAGUUAGCCAGAAGGAAAAAUCAUUCUUGAGCUAUUGGUCAUCCUUUUUUCUCUUAUAUUCUGCUUCCAGAAAUUAUCCCUGUAAUAGCUCUAUCAGUUUGAGUUAUUUUGUCCUUAUCCCACAAUAUAAUAAAAGCUGCUCCAUUUUCACUUGUGGAUGUAGGUCAAAAGUUUUUUGGCUGAACCACGUAAAUAUAUUUGUGUCGUUUUUAUAGUUAUAUUUAUAUUUCUCAAUACUCUUUUAUUGUUGCUGUGGUAUUGUGUGGUUAUAAUUAAACUCGAUACAAUAUAUUUUGGGUGACAUCCAGACUUAUUUCCUAACAAAUUGGUAUCAGAGCAUGUACAGUAACUAAGAUGUAUGGUUAUUUCCGCAGCGUGUUAUAUAGUCAACCGUGCUCCCUCUGCUCUACUUGAUUUUAAGACUCCAGAAGAUGUAUGGUCAGAUACUCCUCGUAAUUAUUCUGAUUUAAAGAUAUUUGGGUGUCCAGUGUACAUGCAUGUAAAUGAUGGAUAUUAGAGCCAAGGGCUAAAAAGUGUAUUUUUCUUGGAUAUGCAUAUGGGGUUAAAGGUUACCGUUUAUGGUGCCUAGACCCAAAAUCACCCAAAUUGUUAUUAGCAGAGAUGUUACAUUUGAUGAAUCUAGCAUGUUGCAUCCAAAAAGGGAGUCUUCUAGUUCUUGUGAUUCAGAUAAAACAGAGAAUGCACAGAAGCAGGUGGAGCUCGAAAUAGGAAGUGUUAAACCUUCUGAGUCAGAUCCUCAAACAAUUCAGUCGGAUACCGUUGGAGAAACCGCUGAUGAGACUUUUAAUGAUGAAUAUUGCAUUGCCCGAAAUAGAGAAAGGAGGGCAAUACAACAACCACGAAGGCAUGAAGAUUUUGUUGCUUAUGCUCCAAGUGUGGCAGAUGAAACAAGUUUAAAUGAUGAACCAUGUUCCUACUUAGAUGCUACCUCAUGUGCUGAUGCAUCAAAGUGGUUGGUAGCAACGAAUGAGGAAAUGGAGUCCCUCAACAAAAAAUGGUACGUGGACACUUGUGCAGCCAAAAUCAAUGAAAAAGGUUAUUGGCUGCAAAUGAGUUUUCAAAAGAAAAGAAGGUAUCCCAAGAGUUGAAAAUCAGAUGCAAGGCAUAAGGAAUUGAUUUCAAUGAUGUUUUCUCACCUAUUGUUAAACAUAGUUGUGUAUUACUUGCUUUAGUUGCCAUGUAUGAUUUGGAAUUAAAACAGCUGGAUGUCAAAACAGCUUUCUUAAAUGGCGAACUUGAGGAGGAGAUUUACAUGAAACAACCCGAAGGUUUUGAAAUUCAGGGAAAAGAAGAUCAUGUAUGCUUGUUGAAGAAAUCCUUGUAUGGAUUGAAGCAGUCACCUCAGCAGUGGUAUAAAAGAUUUGACUCUUUUAUGUUGAGACAUGAUUUUAAAAGGAGCAUGUAUGAUAGUUGUGUCUAUUUCAAAAUGCUAAAUGAUAGCACAUUCAUUUACUUGUUACUUUAUGUUGAUGACAUGCUCAUUGCUGCAAAAGAUAGUUCCUAUUUAGUGUCUUACUGAAUUCCCUGCUCCUCACAAUAGCCCUGAAGCUUUCGAAUACAUUGAGUCAAUGUCAGGUUAUUUCACUCUCAAAGAAAGAGAUUUUUUUUUCCACCAUUCACCAUCACCUUGACAAGUCCUUCCGAUCAGAAGCAAGAUUAAUUGUGUGUGCUGCUUUAACUUUAAGGAUGUUGUGAUUAUUUUUGUCAGUAAUUUUAGCCAGAGUACAGAGAAGUUGUUUAGGGAAGAAUUUACUUAAUUUAAUCUAUCGUUUAUGUGAAUAUACAUUUAACUACAUGUGCAUACUGAUGGUUAUUAAUGUCGUGUGGUGAUUAUCGUAAGUCUCGAAGUUCAGUCUGCUUGAGGACA